GGCAGAGGAGGCUCGUCAGGUGCGAGGGGGCCGCGUCCCACCCUCCCAAACGAAACCUCUGCUCCCCCUCCAGGUCCUGGCUGUAGGGAGAGGCGACGCUGAGCCCCUCAGCUCAGAAUCAUGAGCUGGCUCCACUGCUGGGGAUGCCAAGGCUGAAGGCUCCAACCCUGGGAGAAGGAAGAUGCUCCAGACCAGCAACUACAGCCUGGUGCUGUUCCUGCAGUUCCUCCUGCUUUUCUACGACCUCUUCGUCAACUCCUUCUCGGAGCUGCUCCGCACGGCCCCCGCUGUCCAGCUCGUCCUCUUCAUCAUCCAGGACAUCGCUAUUCUCUUCAAUGUCAUCAUCAUCUUCCUCAUGUUCUUCAACACCUUCGUCUUCCAGGCCGGGUUGGUCAACCUCCUCUUCCACAAGUUCAAGGGAACCAUCCUGCUCUCGGCAGCCUACCUGGCGCUCAGCAUCUCCUUCCACGUCUGGGCCCAGGCCGGGCUGUGGGCGCAGGCCCUGAGGGCAGCGGUGGCUGUGCCCGCAGGGCUGCUGCUGCCCUACCCCUUCACCAACCUGGUGCUGGACGUGGUGCUGCUCUUCCUCUACCUCGGCACUGAGGCCACCCGCAUCUUCUUCGGUAAGGCCACCGUGUGCCAGCGGAAGGUCCCGCUCUCCACCAGCCUGCCCCUGACCGUCCCAGCAGCCGUGAUGGCGGCCUAUUACCUGCUGCUGCAGACCUACGCCCUGCGCCUGGAAGCCAUCCUCAGCAGCCUCCUCCUGCUCUUCUACGCCACGGAGCUGCUGCUGGGCGUCCUGGCGCUCGUCUCCUUCUCCAGGUACAGCUGCCUUUCCACCUGCGGGGAGCCUGGGUAA